CUGGAAGUGCUGAUUGCAAAUUUGUCACAGUUUGAUGUCUGUUGUUCAGGACUGCGGUCUGCUGGUCCAGCCAGAUCGCUCCUGCGGUCUUCAGCCCCACAGCGAAUCCCAGAGUCAACGUAAUGCCUGCAGCUCGGGACACGUGUCAGGACGCUGGGUUGUUCCAUGCCUCAGUUGUUCUGACAACAGGACGUGCGACUGGAGGGAAGUUUCCUGGCAGGCAGAUGGUUGUUAUCACCCAAUAGUGGACCACCCACUGCUGCAGGACUGUAUGAAGGACAGAAAGCUGUUGUUUAUCGGGGACUCAACAAAUCGUGGGAUGAUGUACUUCCUGAUGGAGAGGGUGAACUCCACCCUGGAGGACUGGGACAAAGCUCACGACACGCUGGUCUACAGGAACCUGAACAGAGGACGGACUCUGGUCAGCUACUCGUACUAUCCUCAGUUCUGGCUGGAGAAGAAGCAGCGACCCACGUUCAGGGAGGCUCUGCAGCAGCUGCUCAACAGGUCUCAGCCUCUGGUGAACUCUAACCAAACAGUUCUGGUUGUGGGAGGAGUCCAGUGGCUCAACACCAAUCACCUGAGGACAGUCAGUGAAGUGCUGGACAAUAAAUCUCUCAGUAACAUCCUGGUGGUGGUGAAGUCUUUAGGGAUGGGCUUCCAUCUGCCUGUGGACGGGAUCAGGUCUCUCAGUCUGACAGAGAUACAGGACCUGUACAGGGAGAACGACGACAUCAUCACCACCGCCAAGCAUCAUGGGUACGAAGUGAUUGACACGUUCAGCAUCACGAUGGGUCGAUACAAAGAGUUCCUGCAGGGACGCUGUGCCUGUCACUUUCACGAGGUGGAGAAGUUUUGGUCCACAAAACUUUCCAGUGACAGAACGUCCACCGCGAACACGACCAGAACAGAGAGAACUGUACAUACACUCGGCAGCCAAUCAACCCUGCCAGACACGGAGCAGGAGGCGGGGUCUCAACCCACAACCUAUCGUGUUAGAGGACCAGUGAACCAAGUAUACUCUGAGAUCCUUCUGAGCCGCCUGUGUCCCAUUACCCGAAACUGAACACCUAGGAGGGGCCAGGUGAAUCCUUCGGGAGAGUCACCUGUCCCCCUCCAGGACGUGGACUUCAGAGAGGGGUGGGGGACUCAAUGGUGGAGGUGGAUUAUUCAGAAUGAACAGAAGCCUCACUGUGCAGCUCAGGAGCACCAAUCCGACGAGACGCUGAGGGUCUCAGACUCAGCUGCUGGCUUCUAAUAAGCAGAGGUUACUCGAGAUAUCGCUCAGCUGGUUCCUGCUGCUCGCAGAUGUUUAAAGUUUUCAGCAUUUCAGUCCCAGCAGCAGGACUGUUAAUCUCUGACCUUCUGCUGGGAUUUUCCAUUUCAGAACCAGAAAAAUCCUCUACCAUAAUUCUGCUGACUGCACCAGCUGCUUCUCGCUGGCCCGUGUGUUUGACAGUGAUAUGAGUUAGCGUGGAUUCAAGCAGCUGCUUCCUGAUUCAGACUUAGCCUCAGGCCUCACUGAUUGAUCGAUUCUGUAUGUCAGACCAG